AUGUCGCUUUCCAGGGAUGCAGCGGUUUCCGUGGGACUCGCAGUGAUACUGUUCUGCCUCGGCGCAUCGUGUUUCCAUGGCGCCACCGCAGCGAAACUUCUCCCAGAAAACGUGGUGCAAGGAGGGUACGGCCCGGUCCUCGUCAAGGCCCUUGGGAUGAACGCCUCGCUCGAUUGGACCCUCACGCAGAAUGGGAAACCAAUUGAUGUCAAAGUAAAUGCAACGGUCAAGUCGGCCAGCGCGGGCCCAGCGGUGAAACCGGAGAAGGCGUCCGUCGAGCCGCCAGUCUUCUCCUGCAAAAUCAACGUCACGGGCAAGGUGAAGGGAAAGCACUCGUCGUUGUUUAACCCGUGGGAUCCCUGGACGCGAGUGGGGCUGUACAAGGGCAAGAAGGGGCUGUACGGACAGAUUAUCAGCCGGAACAUCACAGGAGAAUGGUCGUCGGUUGGGUUCCGCGGGCGGAUUAAGGUUUUCACCGGGAAGCUGAAGUUGAGUAAAGCGAAUGCUUCCGCUAUAGCGAAAGCCCCGGCGGACUACUACGUGCAGAUCACCCUGUCAUCCGUCGCUUGCUCGUCGUCUCAGGCGACAUUCUUCAGCGGAAGCGGCGGGACGAGAAACGCCUUCCUGUCCGCCUCCGGUCGCGGGGCGGAAAGGCGGAGGGGGAAUGCGCUCGUGGUCCGCGCAGACGCGGACUACUAUUCGGUGCUGGGUGUAGAGAAGAACGCGGACAAGUCACAAAUAAAGAGCGCUUAUCGACGCCUGGCUCGCAAGUAUCAUCCGGACGUGAACAAGGCACCAGAGGCGGAGACCAAGUUCAAGGAAAUCAGUAACGCGUAUGAGGUGUUAUCAGACGAUGAGAAGCGCUCGCUGUACGACAGAUUCGGGGAGGCAGGUGUCAAGGGCGGCGCUGGCUCGGAGUUCAAUAACCCGUUUGACCUCUUUGAGACGUUCUUUGGAGGGCGAAUGGGAGGCAUGGGCGGCAUGGGCGGCAUGGGGGGAAUGGGAGCUCGGCGCACAGCCCCCGUGCAAGGGGACGAUGAGAGGUACGACCUGACAAUCGACUUCCUGGAAGCAGUCUUUGGCUCGGAGAAGCAGAUAGACGUGUCGCGCAUGGAGGCCUGCGGCACGUGCAAGGGCACGGGGGCCAAGCCCGGCACCACCCCCACCACCUGCUCCUCCUGCAACGGCCAGGGGCAGGUCGUAUCAGUGGCCAACACCCCGCUGGGCAUGUUCCAGCAGGUGACCACAUGCCCGCGGUGCGGCGGCAGUGGGGAGAUUUCGACCCCCUGCAACACGUGCAGCGGCAGCGCUCGCGUGCGCAAGUCCAAGCAGGUCACCCUUAAGGUGCCAGCAGGGGUGGACAAUGGCAGCAGGCUGAGAGUGCGAGGGGAGGGCGACGCCGGCCUAAGAGGCGGGCCCCCCGGCGACCUCUACGUCUUCCUCUCCGUCCGCCCUGACCGCGAGCUCGAGCGCAAGGGAGCCGACAUUCUGCAAACCCUCAAAGUCUCGUACCUCGAAGCCAUUCUCGGCACCACCAAGCAAGUCCGAACAGUCGACGGGCCGGUUGAUUUGAAAAUCCCCGCAGGGACGCAGCCGGGGAGUACGCUGGUGAUGGCGAAGCGAGGGGUGCCGGUGCUUGGGAAACCGAACCUGCGUGGGGACCAUCUGGUGAAGGUUCAGGUGGAGAUUCCCAAGGCGCUGUCGGGAGAAGAGAGGAAGCUGGUUGAGCAGCUGGAGGAGCUGAGCAAAGCCAAGGCCGGGUCGCGGUGA